AUGGGGCUCAUCCAGCGUCUGCUCCGCAGAGAGGAGCCUGAGCAGUCCUACGCGCCUCUCGAGGGCGGUUCCGAGCGCCCCGAUGGAGAGCGGAUAGAGGACCUGGAGCAACGCGCGUACUCGAGGACCGACUACUAUGUCUUCCUGCUGCUCGGCGUUGCUAUGCUCUGGGCAUGGAACAUGUUCCUCGCUGCCGCCCCAUACUUCCAGCGACGCUUCGAUUCCGACGAGCGCCUGCUGCGCAACUUCCAGUCCGCCGAGCUCGCCGUAUCGACUGCAGGCAGUCUGGGCUCCAUGAUAGUCCUCACCAAGCUGCAGGCGAAUGCCUCCUACCCGAAACGCAUAACCUCGUCCCUCAUCCUCAACAUUGCCGUCUUCACCCUACUGGCAAUAUCCACUCGCGCGUUCUUGGACGUCUCUGCCGGCGCCUACUUUGCUUUCCUCAUGCUCGUAGUCUUCAGCGCCAGUCUAGCUACCGCGCUGUGCCAGAACGGCGUCUUCGCCUACGUAGCAAGCUUUGGGAGAGAGGAGUACACCCAGGGUAUCAUGACAGGCCAGGGAAUCGCUGGUGUGCUGCCCUGCAUAGCCCAGAUCGUGUCUGUUCUUUCGGUCCCACCGAAGCAGACCCAGGAAGGUGCGCCUCAGGAGUCCAGCAAAUCCGCCUUCAUCUACUUCCUCACGGCAACAGUCAUCUCUGCCCUCACUCUGGUCGCUUUCGUGUACCUUUUGUCCAAACCGCGCUCCCGCGAACAGCUCAGUCCGACCUUGGACGACGAAGAGGUAGACCCUGGCCACCGACCUGUCACGCGCAAGUCGAUCCCCAUGAUGAGGCUACUCGGGAAGUUGCACUGGCUUGCUGGCGCCGUUUUUCUCACCUUCGCCAUUACCAUGUUCUACCCAGUCUUCACUCAGAAGAUCCUGAGCGUGCGCGAUCCUGCGACCUCGUCUCGCCUCUUCCAGCCCGCCGUCUUCAUCCCGUUGGGCUUCCUCUUCUGGAACAUCGGCGACCUGAUUGGCCGUGUCAUCCCGGGCAUUCCAGGCCUGACCCUGACGGCGCGCCCCCGGUUGUUGUUUACCUUGGCUGUAGGUCGCCUUGCAUUUAUACCCGUGUAUCUGCUCUGCAACAUCGGCGGCAAAGGCGCGGUGAUUGGCUCCGACUUUUUCUAUCUGUUCAUUCUGCAAGUACUGUUCGGGAUCUCGAACGGAUACAUUGGUAGCAACUGCAUGAUGGGGUUCGUAGAGUGGGUAGAUCCUGAAGAGCGCGAGGCUGCCGGCGGCUUCAUGUCGCUGUGCCUGGUGGCCGGACUGACGGCCGGUAGCUUCCUGAGCUUCUUCGCAGCCAGUGCUUGA